UUUAAAGCACAAACCGCCAUGGACGCCCAAAAUUUGGCUUCAAUUCUUCAAUUAAAUUCUCAGUUUUUUCUGUUUUUUUUUCUUUUUAAUUUUUUGAUUUCCCCAAAAAUCAUUGCCUCGUAAAAACCUAAACCCUUUUUAUUCUCUUCCAUUCAAAUCCCAAAAUCCCUCUCAAAUUUUCCAGUUUGAUUUUCUCCUUCACUUCAAUUUUCCCUUCCCAAUCGCCUUGUUUCAGGAUCUCUGUCUUUAUGGAACGCCCCGAUGAGGACCAGGAUCGAAUCGUUCCUAUUGGGGCACUGAACAAUCAAUUUUUAUGCAGGAGAAAGAUCUCUUAGGUCAGAUAACCUGAUAGAGCCACAACUCUCACCUAAAGGUGGAAGGAUUGCUUCAGCAAGUCCUCCAAAUUCAUCCGUUAUUGGACCGUCGAGAGAUGCCAUAGAGCAGAAAGUAUUUAUGGAUUCAGGAACAAGUAUUGGCAAUGUUCAUCCAGUGAAUGUUUAUGCUUCUUCGCACGAACCAAAUAUGCAAUAUGGUGGAUAUGGUGGAAGUAGUACUGGUGCUUGGGAUGCGUAUUCACAAUAUGUAAAUGCUGAUAGUUUUCCUGUUGUAUCGCCGGUCAUGUACAAUGAUAGUCCAUCUAUUGUCUUUCAUUCUGGUUAUGGCUUCAAUCCAGAUAUGGCAUAUGGACAAUAUUCACCUGUUGCUACUCCUAUGCCUUCUGUUAUGUUAGAUGGGCAACUGUAUUCUCCUCAACAAGUUCCAUUUUCCCCAUCAUACUACCCACAACAAGCUGCACCUGGUUUACCUCAUGGAUCUUCAGCAGUUCCAGUUUCUCCAACAGAGAUGAUAUCACCUGAGAGUAGUGCAUUUGAGAACAUGCUCUAUGGGCCUGGAACAGGUUUUUUGCUAAAUUUUGGGUCCUAUGGUGGGGGAAAUCUUGGUUCAGGCUCUUUAUCAUCUCCAGCAGCUUAUCCACAACCAAUGGGAAUGUUUGGCUCCAAUGAUCAGAAUGUUGGACAGGCUUCUCUACAACAGAGACCUAUGCAUGGAUUUGGAUUGGUGUCAAGUGCUUAUGAUGCUCGGUACCCAUUAAGCAGUUCUUAUCAGGGCUCUAACUUCGGUGGUGCAUCCAUUUCUUAUCCAGUUGUAAAUGACCGAAGCCGACUUACCUUUGAGAAGGACAGAGUAAGAGACAGAGAUAGAGACUCAAUUUCACUUUUUAAUGAUCCGCAUGGCAUCUUUAGUGACCGUAAUCGAGGACCAAGAGCUUUGAAGGCCAAGGGUAAAGGCGACCAAAGUAUUGUAUCUGGUACAAUAAAAAACGAUUUAUUGACUUUAUCAGUUAGUCCUGAUUCCUACAAUCGGCCAGAUUUUGCUACAGAUUACGAGACUGCUAAGUUUUUCAUUAUUAAGUCAUUUAGCGAAGAUAAUGUUCAUAGAAGUAUCAAGUACAACAUUUGGGCCAGUACUCCACAUGGUAACAAGAAACUGGAUGCUGCUUACCGGGAGGCAAAAGAGAUGCAAGGAAAUUGUCCAGUUCUCCUCUUUUUCUCCGUUAAUGCUAGUGGUCAAUUUUGUGGUGUAGCUGAAAUGGUUGGACCUGUUGACUUUGAGAAAAAUGCAGAUUACUGGCAGCAGGAUAGGUGGAGUGGACAAUUUCCCGUUAAGUGGCAUAUCAUCAAAGAUGUUCCUAAUAUUAGAUUUCGGCAUGUUUUACUUCAAAAUAAUGACAAUAAACCAGUUACACACAGCAGAGAUUCUCAGGAGGUGCCGCUGAAACAAGGUAUUGAGAUGUUGAAAAUUUUCAAGGACCAUGAUCCACGAACAUCUAUUAUAGAUGAUUUUGAUUUCUAUGAUGAACGGGAGAGGAUUUUGAAAGAAAGGAAAACAAGACAGCAGCUAUUUGCAACUGCUAAUUCUCUAAAUUCACUUGGGGAUGGUUCCAUUAGCCCUAUUUCUGACCAGUUUGCUCAAGCCCUUCAACUUGAUGAUAACGAGAAAGAAAAACCAGAAAUUGAAAAGAGUGCAACGUCUAGAAUAGAUGCUUCAGUUUCGCUUGAUGAUGAUCCGGCAAAGUAAGUCUGAGACUUGUUCGAGUCUUGAAGCGGAGAGACUAAGUAUUAAGAAAGUCCAACAUCUGAAAAUGGAUAUGGUUUUAGCAGAAUUGAGUAUCUUGCCGUAAGAUUGGACUCUCCUUUGAUUCCUUCAAGCAUUUAGAUGAACGAGUUUGAUAGGUAUUUGGCAUCUUGAGACACCCUUUGUGACUGAUUUUCUGUUCUCCAAUAGCUGAUAACAUCUGAGGCAGUAUUUUAGAAAUCCAUAGCAGUGAAGAUGAUAUCUGACGCUUUUUUUUUACCAUUUUUUCAUGUUCAAUUGCCCAAAGCAGCUGGAGGAAAAUUGACUUGCGCUUGUCCAGAAGCUUUUCUGAUAAAAUAUUGCUUAAUUUACAUUGAAACUUUCCCUUACCCUUGAAAGGUGUCGAUCGCAUUUCUCGUGUGGAAGGAUUCUGCUAAAGGGAAUGGGUUUAGCUGAGUGGGAUUUUAUGUAGGAAGUGUGCAGAACAUGUUCGCGUUGCGUAUCGUAUCAACAGUCCAGUUGCUGGGUAUUUAUGAUAGCUACCCAUUUGGUGAAGCAGAUUAAUAAAGGAAUUCCAAAAAAAUUUCAUUGUCUUAGGGAGUUGACAUGUUUUAUUUGAUAUUUUCUUAUGGGGUGGCUUCUUUAGUAAGUUCAGGGCCAGCUGCUGUGAAUCUUACAAACAGAGGAGAGGAUUUAUUUAACCUCUGAGCUAUGUGUUUUUCUCCUUUCUUUGUGUUGCUUUCUUUUUCUUUUUUAAUGUCUGAUAUGUUAUUCUAGAUGUCUCUUAGAGUCUAGACCAUAAGGAACUUAUGAAGGAGCUAGGGAGAUAGGUUUAAUGCGAAUACUCAGAAUUGUAAUUUGCUGUUAAAUGUACAACAAAACUGCUCUCUUGUUUAAGUCAUCUUCUUU